CCCACAACUGUGUCCAAGAAAGUCACAGACACAAAGAAGAAUACAGUUCAGUGUCUCUCUGUGUCUCUCUCUCUCUCUCUCCGUCGAUCUUGAUUUAUUAGUUGGAGAAGAAGGGAUACGAAUUAAGGUUGUGGAAUCUGACUGAUUUGGGGUUCCUGUUGGUCAAAAUCUUUGAACAAGUACCUAUGUCUGGGAAAUCUGCUUUGCAGUUUUCAAUUCAACUUCUGGCUUGGUACUGUUUUCAUUUCUGAUUGGGGAAUAUGCAGGUUUCAAUGGUAGUUAUCUGGGGUGUUGUGAAUAAUGGUUUGUAGAUUGUCAACUAGGUUGUUGAAUAUUAGUAUUGCUGGAUUUUGUAAAUCCAGGCAAUUGGAAAAGGCUGAAGCGGUUAUAAUUGAUGGUAUAAGAUUAGGGGUUCUCCCAGAUGUGGUAACUUACAAUACACUGAUUGAUGCAUAUUGCCGUUUUGUCAGCAUGGAUGCAGCUUAUACUAUUCUUCCUAGAAUGAGAGAAGCUGGUAUAAGUCCAGAUGUCAUUACAUACAAUUCUUUGUUAGCUGGUGCCACCAGGAAUUGCUUAUUAUCACAAUCGUUGGAUAUAUUUGAAGAAAUGCUUCAAUCAGGUAUACAUCCUGAUGUAUGGAGUUACAACACUUUGAUGCAUUGCUUCUUUAAAUUAGGAAAACCGGAUGAAGCUUAUAGGGUUUUCCGGGAUAUCAUACUUAGCAAUCUUUCUCCUUGUCCAACUACAUUUAACAUCAUGAUCAAUGGCCUUUGUAGAAAUGGAUACAUGCAUAAUGCCCUUGGUUUAUUUAGGAAUUUACAACGUCAUGGAUUUGUCCCCAAAUUAGAGACUUAUAAUAUUCUAAUUGACGGGCUUUGCAAGGCAGGCAGAUUAGGGGCUGCAAGGAGUGUCCUCAAGGAACUUGGGGAAUCAGGUCUUAAACCAAAUUGCAUAACUUAUACUACAGUUAUGAAACGCUGCUUUAAAUCUAGGCAGUUUAAACUAGGGCUUGAGAUCUUGUCAGAGAUGAAGAGUGAAGGCCAUACGUUUGAUGGCUUUGCAUACUGCACUGCCAUUAGUGCUUUAGUUAAGAUGGGCAAGAUAAAUGAGGCAAAUGAUUGCAUGGGGCAGAUGAUCAAGAAUGGCAUCGUGCUUGAUUUAGUGUCUUAUAAUACCCUAAUUAAUCUUUAUUGUAAAGAAGGUAAGUUGGAAGCUGCCUUUAAUUUGUUGGAUGAGAUAGAGAAAAGGGGUUUGGAAUGUGACAGGUAUACUCACACAAUUAUUAUUGAUGGAUUGUGCAAGGCCGGUAAUAUUGAAGGGGCUCAACAACAUUUGAGUUACAUGAAUACUAUGGGCUUUGAUUCAAACUUGGUUGCCCUCAACUGCAUGAUUGAUGGGUUGUGUAAAGCUGGUCAGAUUGAUUGUGCAAUGAAAUUGUUUGAAUCUAUGGAGAUUAAGGAUUCUUUUACCUACACAUCCUUGGUGCACAACCUUUGUAGGGCAAGGAGAUUCCGUUCUGCAUCCAAGCUUUUACUGUCUUGCUUAAAAGGUGGCAUGAAAAUACUCAAGUCUACCCAACGUGCUGUCCUCGACGGUCUUUGUAAUUCGGGGUAUACAAGUGAAGCAAGGAAGCUUAAAUCAAAAAUUUGGUCGGCUCGUCUGUUACAUUGAUGAUUUGCAUAUGUUUUCAAGUGUUAUCCUAUUUGGAUAAGUGCUAUCCUAUUUGGAUCAAGGUCUAAGAAAUUGCCAUGUGAAUCCCCUGGUUGUAAGUGUCCAGUGUUUUGGACUAAUAAGCCUUAUACUGAGAAGCAUAUUAGUACCAUAGUCAAUCUUAUUUAAUGGACAGUGACUCAGUAUAGUUUUUGCUGUCCAUACAUUUCAUAUCUAACAUUCCAUCUGGUGAUGCAUAUGAUUGGAAGAUUUUGCCAAAUAACUUUAGGCAUAUCCAAAGAAAACUAGGCACAUCUGGGAAGCUUUUAGAUGUGGCAGUUGCUUCAAGUUGAUGGACUCACAGGAUCUUUUGUCUAUUAAAUUGUUAGCCACCCCCUAUUCAUACAAUAUUCCCUCAUGACAAGACUGAAUCUACAAGAACCAAAGCAAAAAGAAAAUAUAAUGACAUAGAGAUUGAUGAUCUGUUACCCCUUUGGUAAGAAAUCGGCUUUCAUUGUGUACUGGUUUGAUUUGAAGGUCCAUUAUGUGAUUGUGCAAGGACUACCAACAAAAUUCUUAAAUCUCAUCCAAUUUUGUCAAAAUUUCCCCUUGAUAGAAGCUACGCACAUUUACUAAGAAUUCUAGCUGUUGAAGUAGAUCUCAAUUUGAUGACAGAUUUCUCUGUUUUUAGGAUUAGCCUUAAAUUCUCUUGAAUAAUAAUGGAUACAUGUGUGUGUGUGGUAUAUUUCUUAGGGCGCCAAAAGGUGGCCAACGGGCAGGAUUAGCAGGCUCAAUGGUUUCCUCUGGGAUGUAGAGUGUGAACUAGUAUAGGAUUUGACACUAAUACAGUUACUAAUGAGUCAUGACAAUGUUUGUUCAUCUAUAUGAAAUAGAUUGUUUGUCUAUGUCUUGGUAUGUGAUCUUAGACAAUAAUUGGGUGAUAUUGGUGGAACACUAGUGAUUAGUGAGGGAAUAAUGGCGGACUUUGGGACCUGCUGCCAUGUGUUGGGGAUUAGAAAUGGAGACAUGUCAUUUGGACUUUCUUCUUUACUUUUUCUCCUCUUCUUUUAAGGUGUUGUUUACUAUAAGCUGCUUGCUUUUUAGGUUUGCAAGUUGCAACUCAUUCAUGGGAGUUGGUGCUGUUGAAAACCCAUAUCAGUUGCAAUUCAGCUGGCUCUCUCUGGUUAUCCCAAAUAAAAUGAUCUUGCUUCCAAUGUUGCCACUAUAAUUCCAUAAAUAUGUUUUGGUUGACAUUUAAAAAAUCUGUAUAAUAUUGGACUAAGAAUUAUCAAUUUGUUGCAGGUCUUGUGGUAGAGGUUGGGCAUUGGUGCGAUGGCAAGUGCCUUCCACCAAAAGCAAUAGGUCUUGUGUUCGAGUCCAGGAAUCAGCCUCUCUUAUUCAUCUCUCUCAUAUCUUACAAAAGUGGGAGUUUUGUGCAUUGGUUACUACCUUUUUAUUGCAGAUCUUAUGUAGGAAGAGGAAUUGCAUUGGGUGACAAAUUGAACGUGGCACAAUGAAAAAGCUUAGUUGCAUUGUUGGAGUGACAUCUUAGAAGUAGCUUAGAAGUGUUACGAUGUCUUGGCUAACACCCAAAGAAGAUAUCAAGCUUAGAUGCACUGUGACGCUGGUGGUAAGAAGGUCAAUGCUAGCAACUUUAAGAUUACUGAUGAUUUCGUUUAUAUCAAGGGAGAUCUAGAGUAUGUACACUACUGUUACCUAAGCUAUCCAAUAUAGUCAACUGUCGGAUAAAACAUUCUAUAUGCAAAAUCAAGGUGUUAUACUGUUAUUCAUUUAUUUUGAGAAUAAAGAUAUGAUG